UUGUUUACUCCACUCCAGAGUGUGGACCGUGUGGACGUCCAAACUGACAGUGAAUUAUUGAUUUUGAAUAAUAUAUCUUCUGGUUUAUGGGGCGUUAGACAAGCAAUUGUUACAAUUUUAAAUUUCAACAGAUACUUUCAAUCGCGCAAUGCCUACGACAACAAGAACAGCACCAAAUAUCCUUAUAACAGGAACUCCUGGAGUAGGUAAAAGCACAAUGGCUCAGAAAUUAGCAGAAAGAACUGGUUUGACCUGGCGGGAUGUGAGUAAAUUAGCCAUUGAAAAUGGAUGUCUCGAAGAGUACGAUGAAGUAUACAAAUGUCCUGUGCUGGAUGAAGACAAACUGAUGGACAGCAUGGAGACGUACAUGGGAAAGGGUGGCAACAUCGUUGACUACCAUGGGGCUGAUUUUUUUCCAGAAAGAUGGUUUGAUAUUGUUUUUGUUCUUCGGACCAGCAAUACAAUUCUCUAUGAUCGACUCACAGCCAGAGGCUACCUGGGGAAGAAACUGGAGGACAAUAUUGAUUGUGAAAUAUUCCAGACAAUUUUAGACGAGGCAAAGUCAUCGUACAAAGAGGAAAUUGUUCAUGAAUUGCAGAGCAACACGCAACAGGAAAUUGAAGAUAAUGUUAAUAGGGUCUGUCAGUGGCUGGAGCAGUGGAAGAAAGAUAAUCAAUUCGUAUGAAUAAAGUUCUCUAAAGUAUUUAUUUA